UUUUGCAUAUAGAGGUUUUUGCAACCUUAAACUUUUUGGAGACCUGAACUAAACUAAUUAAGUUCCUGACUCAAUUUAGUCACUCUUCUUUUACAUGUUAGAGAUUUAGCCACUCCCCUUUAACCUUUCUUUGGAACUAGCUUGCUUCAUUACCUCACUGCAAUCUUACCAUGAUCUCUUACCCUUGGAAAGAAUGCCACUAAUUCCUAGACAACACCUUCCUCUUAUAAUUGAACAUGCAACCGACCUCCUAGCACCAUUACUCACUGUGUGCACACACAAACAUAAAGCUGGUGUGGCUGGUUUUUCUGCUGCCCUUCAAGCACACACCAAGUUUUAAGACUGUACUAUCUCAAGUAAAUUCCAAAGAACAAGCAAAGCACGCAAAUUCCUAAAGCACCAUGGCAGAGGAGGAUGUUUAUACAAAAGAUGGAACAGUGGAUUAUCGUGGGAAUCCAGCUAACAAAAAGGAGACGGGAACCUGGAGAGCCUGCCCUUAUAUUAUAGGAAAUGAAUUUUGUGAACGAUUGGCUUACUAUGGGAUGAGCUCCAAUCUGAUUCUUUAUUUCAAGCACAGACUGAAUCAACAAAGCGCUACAGCUACUAGAAAUAACUUGAAUUGGGGUGGAACGUGCUAUCUCACUCCAUUGAUUGGAGCAUUCUUUGCUGAUGCUUAUCUUGGUAGAUAUUGGACGAUUGCUUGUUUCUCCAUCAUAUAUGUUAUGGGGAUGACACUUUUGACAAUCUCAGCUACUGUCCCUGGCCUAAGGCCAAAAUGUUAUGCAGAAGAUGAUUGUAAUCCAACAGAUGCUCAAAGUGCAUUAGCUUUUGUAUCACUUUACCUAAUAGCACUAGGCACUGGUGGUAUUAAGCCUUGUGUCUCAUCCUAUGGAGCAGAUCAGUUUGAUGACGCUGAUGAGGUUGAGAAAAAACACAAGAGUUCUUUCUUCAACUGGUUCUACCUCUCAAUUAAUGUUGGUGCUCUUAUUGCCGGUUCUGUGCUGGUUUGGGUACAAGAUAAUGUGAGUUGGGGUUGGGGUUUUGGCAUUCCAGCAAUAGCCAUGGCAAUUGCGGUUGCGAGCUUCUUUUCAGGUACUCGGUUGUUCAGGUAUCAAAAGCCUGGAGGCAGCCCUCUUACUCGCAUCUGUCAGGUGCUGUUGGCAUCCUUCAGAAAAAAGAAAGUUGAAGUUCCAGCUGACAAGGCUUUGUUGUAUGAGACUGCGGAUGCCGAAUCCAACAUCAAAGGAAGCCGCAAGCUUGACCAUACUGAAGAAUUUAGUUUCCUUGACAAGGCAGCAGUGGAAACAGAAAAGGACGACAUAAAGGGGCCAGUAGACCCAUGGAGACUUUGCACUGUAACCCAAGUUGAGGAGCUAAAGUCUAUCAUUCGGUUGCUUCCCAUAUGGGCCACAGGUAUCAUCUUUACUGCAGUGUACAGCCAGAUGGGGAACCUAUUUGUGCUGCAAGGUGAACAGAUGGAUAAAUAUGUUGGAAACUCCAAUUUCCAGAUACCAUCUGCAUCUCUAUCAAUCUUUGACACUCUUAGUGUCAUUUUUUGGGUCCCGGUCUAUGACCGAAUUAUUGUCCCAGUUGCAAGAAAAUACACCGGACACAAAAAUGGCUUAACUCAACUGCAGCGGAUGGGCAUUGGUCUCUUCAUAUCAAUAUUUUCCAUGGUAUCUGCAGCAAUCUUGGAACUUAAAAGACUUGAAAUGGUGAGAAGGCACAACUCCUACGAACUUAAAACCGUGCCCUUGUCUAUAUUUUGGCAAGCUCCACAGUAUUUCCUGAUAGGGUGUGCAGAAGUUUUCACAUUCAUCGGACAGUUGGAAUUCUUCUACGAGCAAGCACCUGAUGCAAUGAGGAGCAUGUGUUCUGCCCUAUCACUCACCACCGUCGCACUUGGUAGUUACUUAAGCUCUCUUCUUGUAACCAUUGUUACAAGCAUCAGCACUAAGAAUGGAAAGCCUGGAUGGAUACCGGAGAACUUAAAUUAUGGUCACAUUGAUUACUUCUUCUGGCUACUGGGAGUACUCAGUGUGCUGAAUCUAUGUGUCUUUCUCUUGAUCUCAAAUUGGUACACGUAUAAAAAGCCAGUGGGAACUCUUCGUUGAUCACUACUUAACCUCCAUUAAUUAUGAUUGUAAAGCAAUUGUACAUCAAGUUCCAUCCACUGCUUAAGAAUGUUCUCUCUCUAGCCAAUUGCACAUCGAGUCUAGCUAUGGCAAGACAACAGUUUCUUUGCUUGUUUUCUCAAAUAACUGUACUAGUAAAUGAAAUAUUGUCAAGAAAGAAGUGAAAUACAUGCAAGUUAUGGUUAAGCCAA